CAAGUAGCAAAUUGAUGUAUAGCGUAAGCCAAUCUUGACGUCGUUUACUAUGUCUCUCGAUGUUUUCAAAGUCUUAGUCUUGUAUCUUCCAGUGACGUCUUCGUAAUACCCAUAUAGAAUCUUAACUUGUAAGCCACAUGGCGAAUGAAGAUGGCUUACAAGGGGAGCAGUUUGCAGGCGAUGGAGCUGGGAUAUAUAGCAAUGGCAGAAGCGGGACAGCCGAUAGCACGGGUGGCGAUGGGCAAGGGUUAGGUACCUCACCGGGCAUGGAUGAAGGACAGGCGGAGUACGACGCAUCGCCGCUAGGCUCCCCCCAGGACGCCCGGAGAGGCAGCUUGGGUGCGGGGGGCGGCGACUCGGAUGACGACAUGCCCAUGCCGGGGCGGCUGGAGGCGCUAGCGUCGCAGCGCUCACGCUCGGUGGACAGCAGCUCUCUGCAGUACUCCCGACCCGGGUCGGCGGUAAUAAACCUGCGCGGGUCGCGACCCAACUCAGCGGCCAUCGCGCAGGAGAUUGAGGGCUUCGAGGAUGAUUUCAUGGAGCGUGUGGAAGAGGAACCGGAGGAGGAGAUGACGGCGGAGGAAGAGGAGGAGGAGGACCUGGGGCCAAGCAUAGAGGAGCUCAUAGCGCGAGCACAGCAGGAGCAGGCUCGGCUCAUGGAGGCCAACGACUCGCUGCAGCGGCGAGCGCGCAUGGCCCUGGACUUCCGCAACAAGGGCCGCCCGCCCGUCAACCGCGACCUGUCCCGCCUGGACGGCGCUGCAACACGGUACCGCGCGGCGCUGCGGCAGUGGAUCGAGAUCCUGGAGGAGCGCGACAGCGUGGAGUCGCACUACCAGACCACCAUCUUCGACAUGAAGUCUACGCUGGAGGAGCGCAUCAAGCGUGCCGAUGACAUCUCCCGCGCCUACAAGCACUUCCGGCUGGAGGUGGCCAAGUCGGCGGAGCACAGCAAGACGGGGCGGCCCAUCAGCGAGAAGCUGUUGGCGCAGCUGGAGACGGAUGACGCCUCCAAGGAGGAGGAGGUGCAGCGGGUGCGGCUCAAGAACAUCCACCUGACCAACCAGCUGCGCCGCAUCGAGCAGACGCUGCGGCAGAAGGAGGAGCUGGCGGAGGGGCUUCACCUGAUUGACUUUGAGCAGCUCAAGAUUGAGAACCAGUCGCUGAACGAGAAGAUCGAGGAGCGCAAUGAGGAGCUGCUGAAGCUCAAGAAGAAGACCACAACCACGGUGCAGAUCCUGACACACGUGCGUGAGAAGCUGCAGUUCAUUGAGAAGGAGAAUGCGGCGCUGGCCGCCUCGCUUGCGGACCUGGAGGCGGAGCUCGCGGAGAAGCGCGACCGACUGGGUCGCAUCAAGGCGGAGCGGGACACGCUGCGCGCCAAGGGGCGCAAGAUCAAGGAGAGCGGCUCCAACAUCACAAGUUCGCAGCUGCUGGACGAUAUUGAGGUCCAAAAGGAGAAGCGCGAGGCGCUGCUGGUCUCCAUCGAGGAGGCCCAGCGACACUACACCGAGCUCUCCGAAUCCAUCCAGCGCACCAACCACCGCAUUGCGAACGUCACGGAGGAACUGCAGCAGGCGCAGGCCGCCGCGUCCAUUAUGGCACCCGGCAUGUCGCAACCCGCAACACGCUCCGUGCCGGCGCCCAGCGGAGCGUCCGGGGCGUCUGGGGCGCGGUCGCUGAACCAGCGGGCAUGAGGAGGAGGGGGGAAGCAUGGGAAUAUGGGGGAUGGGGGGAUGCCACGCAAAGAACGCUCACGCUCAGUGUAGACGAUUGGGGCGUCAAAGGGCGUAUCAAGAGCAGGAGUACCGAACCUUGUCGCACCUAGCUGCUACAUAAUGCCAAAGGCGCAUGCAUUACCACAAACACACGCGCGCUUGGACUUGGAGCGUAUCUCAGGACGACGCAGCCCUGGUGUGGGUCACUGGCUGCUGGGAAGCGCUGUAACGAAGAAUGUCUUGGCACCACGUACGGCACUCACACGGAUUUAACAGGUGGCCGGCAUGAAACCCAAAUUGGUGGGCGGCAAUGCGGCCCGAACCCUUCCAACGUGCGUCUCUUAUGCUCCUCCAGGCUCCUUUCCCUUCAGAACCUUCAUGAGCCGCUGCAAAGCCAUGAUGCGUUUGGCUCUGCACUCGCAGCCAAGCCGCGAUGCAGUCCAAGACCGACC